UGGAGGUGAUAAUAGCAUCAUCUACAAUGGCCAGCUACAAGAAACCGGAGGACAAUGAGCUGCAGGGCCUGAGGGAUCUGGCAAACCGCCUGAGGAUUCAUUCCAUCCGCGCCACAUGUGCCUCUAACUCGGGACACCCCACAUCCUGUUGCAGUGCUGCAGAAGUUUUGUCUGUGCUCUUUUUCAAUGUCAUGAAAUAUAAAGCAGCCGACCCUGGCAACGUUAACAACGAUCGCUUUGUCCUAUCUAAGGGCCAUGCUGCACCUAUUCUCUAUGCAGCAUGGGCAGAAGCUGGCUUUCUUAAGGAAUCUGACCUUCUCAACCUGAGGAAAAUAGACUGUGACCUGGAAGGACAUCCAACACCUAAAUUGCCCUUUGUAGAUGUUGCAACCGGUUCCCUAGGACAAGGCCUGGGCGCAUCUUGCGGCAUGGCUUACACUGGGAAAUACUUUGACAAGGCCAGUUAUCGUGUAUAUUGCUUGUUGGGGGAUGGUGAGUCAUCAGAAGGAGCUGUAUGGGAAGCAAUGGCUUUUGCAUCUCACUACAAACUUGACAAUCUGGUGGCCAUCUUUGAUGUAAACCGUUUGGGACAAAGUGAGGCGGCACCUCUACAGCAUGAUAUGGAAACCUACAGAAAAAGAUGUGAAGCUUUUGGGUGGACUACUUAUGUUGUAGAUGGUCAUGACGUUGCUGAGUUGUGCAGUUCUUUCUGGCAGGCAACGCAAGUCAAGGACAGACCCACUGCCAUUAUUGCUAAGACUUACAAAGGGAAAGGCAUUGUAGGAGUUGAAAAUGAAGAUAACUGGCAUGGAAAGCCCAUGCCUAAAGAUAAGGUAGAAGCAAUCAUCAAUCAAAUUCAGAACCAGAUCCAAGCAAAUAACAAGAUGUGUCCUGCACUACCUACAUCAGAUGCUCCCAAAAUCAGUAUUUCUAACAUAACCAUGACUUCCCCUCCAAACUACAAGCUUGGUGAAAAGAUUGCAACACGCAAAGCGUAUGGGCUAGCUCUGGCCAAGUUAGGGCAUGCCAACAGCAGGGUUAUUGCUCUUGAUGGAGACACCAAAAAUUCCACUUUUUCUGAUAUCUUUAAAAAGGAUCAUCCUGAUCGUUUCAUUGAGUGCUUUAUUGCUGAACAGAACAUGGUUAGUGUGGCUAUGGGAUGUGCUACACGGGAUCGCACUGUAGCAUUUGCCAGCACAUUUGCUGCCUUCCUUUCAAGAGCGUAUGAUCACAUCCGUAUGGGAGCCAUAUCUCAGUCCAACGUCAAUCUAUGUGGAUCUCACUGUGGAGUAUCUAUUGGUGAGGAUGGACCAUCUCAGAUGGCUUUGGAAGAUAUAGCCAUGUUUCGUGCCAUUCCAACUUGUACUGUUUUCUAUCCUAGCGAUGGAGUUUCUACUGAACAUGCUGUCACAUUGGCGGCAAAUACUCAGGGAAUCUGUUUCAUCAGGACAAGCCGCCCGGACACUGCUAUCAUUUACUCUCCAGAAGAGAAAUUUGAAAUUGGCCAAGCAAAAGUUGUGCGCCAAAGUGACUCAGACAGGGUAACGGUUAUAGGAGCUGGAGUAACAUUACAUGAAGCGCUGGCUGCUGCUGACAAACUUGCCAAGCAAGGAAUCGCUAUCCGUGUGAUCGACCCAUUUACUAUUAAGCCACUAGAUGCUGCAACUAUUAUUUCAAGUGCCAGAGCUACUGGUGGACAUAUUAUUACAGUGGAAGAUCAUUAUAGAGAAGGAGGUAUUGGAGAAGCAGUAUCUGCUGCUGUUGCAGGGGAACCAGGUUUCAUUGUACAACAUCUUGCUGUGAGAGGUGUAGCAAGAAGUGGGAAACCUACAGAAUUACUGGAUAUGUUUGGCAUUAGUGCUAAAUGCAUUGUUGAAGCUGUAAAAUCUACAUUUGCAAACUAAUCUUUUAGCUAAAACGCAAUUUAUUGUAAUUCCCUACAAAUGAAACUUAUAACACUUAAUGCUAUGUUGUACAUCCGUAUGAACACAAGUUUUAAUAAGCGAUCUUUUGUCACAAAGUAGAGUAAUAACAUUCCAUACAUCUCAAACUGUUACUGAGCACUUAAUAAAAACAUUGUUUUUGGUUAA